AUGGUUUCUCAAGUACCCCUCACAGUAAUUCUUGGAACUCAUAGUGUUGGAGACUGCGUUGUCGACCCUCAAACCUCCCACUUCGAUAGCGAGCAGGACGUCCAAGCUCUUCUAGAUGCCUUCCACAGCCGUGGAUACAGGCACCUCGAUACAGCCCGAGACUACUCUCCAAAUGCCCCAGGUGCAUCCGAGUCACGUCUUGGUAAGUCCAAGGCUGCUUCUCGAUUCUCAAUUCACACGAAAGUCCACAGUGCAGACCCCGGAGACCAUCAAUCAGCGAAGCUCGAACUCAGCAUUAGCCGAUCGCUGAGCGAUCUCCAAACGCCCACCGUUGAGACAAUGUUUUUGCAUUUUCCAGACCGCCAGACUCCCUUUGAGGAAACGAUCAAAAAAAUGGAUGCCGCUCUUCAGCAAGGAAAGUUCAAGAACUAUGGCCUUUCAAACUAUUCAGCCGUAGAGGUGCAGAGGGUUCUCGAUGUCUGCGAUCAACACGGAUACGCAAAGCCCAAGGUGUAUGAGGGACAUUACAAUGCGAUUGUGAGAGGUGGUGAGAAGGAGCUGUUCCCCUUGUUACGCAAGCAUGGCAUGGCUUUCUACGCGUAUAGUCCCGCAGCUGGAGGCCUUUUCUCAGGACAUGCUGCUUCUUCAGGGCGAUGGAAGAAUGACAACUUCUUAGGCAAGGCUUAUACUUACCUCUACCGGAAGCCCCCGGUUCGUAUCGCGGUAGCCACCAUACUCGAGCUUGCGGCAAAACACAAUAUCGGCGGACAUGCAGCUGCCAUGCGGUGGACAGCGUUCCAUAGCAACUUGAAUGCGGAAUGUGGAGAUGCUAUCAUCUUUGGUGUUUCCAAGAUAGACCAGCUUCGUCAGACUCUCGACACUCUUGAGGCUGGCCCUCUUCCGGGGGACCUUGCAGAUGCUAUAGCAGCAAUCUAUAGUACAGUGGAAGGUGCCGAACCACCUUACCACCUUUGA